UUUGAGGUGCUGCUAGUUUAUGUCCCUAAAGGCACACGUAACGCACCUUUGGUUGCCGACAUCCACACGUGUGUGCUUCGAAGUAACACCACAAAACCUAAGAACAGUUUUCAGAGGGGGAGAAAGUUGAAAGGAAACUACCGUGUGAGUGCGGACUACCAUGGAAGAAGCCAGUAAAGAUGUCAAGACCAACCCGGCAGCGACGGCGAACAUAUUGUCCAAGAUAUUUUUCUGGUGGCUCAAUCCUUUGUUCCGCACUGGAUACAAACGCAGGCUGGAGGAAGAUGACAUGUACGAAGUGCUCACGGAGGACAGGUCGGAGAGACUGGGACAGGAUCUGCACAGAUACUGGGAUCAUGAGGUCCAGAAGGCUACCAAAGAGCUGCGAACACCUAGACUCUCCAAAGCCAUCAUUAAGGGCUACUGGAAACCAUAUGCAUUGCUGGGACUCUUUACCCUCAUUGAGGAGGUCAUUAAAGUGAUCCAGCCGGUCAUCUUGGGGAAAAUGAUUCAGUACUUUGAGAAUUACGACCCAGACAACAAGACUGCUCUUUACGAGACUCUCGGCUAUGCAGCCGCCUUGUCUACCUGCACCAUCGGCCUGGCGCUGCUCCAUCACCUCUACUUCUACCAUGUACAGAGAACAGGCAUGAAGAUCAGAGUGGCCAUGUGUCACAUGAUCUACAAGAAGGCUCUGUGUCUCAGCAGUACAGCCAUGGGAAAGACUACCACAGGCCAGAUUGUCAACCUCCUCUCUAAUGACGUCAACAAGUUUGAUGAUGUGACUAUCUUCCUGCACUUCCUGUGGGUGGGGCCCCUCCAGGCAGCUGCGGUCGUGGGGCUGCUGUGGGUGGAGAUCGGUCCAUCAUGCUUGGCAGGCAUGGUGGUCCUCAUGUUUCUGAUGCCAGCGCAAACCAUGUUUGGAAGGCUCUUUUCUAAGUUCAGGAGUAAGACAGCUGUUCUGACUGACAAAAGAAUCCGCACAAUGAACGAGGUGGUGUCUGGAAUUAGGAUCAUCAAGAUGUACGCCUGGGAGAACCCCUUUGCUGCUCUGGUCUCUGAGGUCAGAAGGAAGGAGAUCUCCAAGAUCAUGAAGAGCUCCUACCUACGAGGUCUCAACAUGGCCUCCUUUUUCUGCGCCAGCAAGAUCAUCGUCUUCAUCACCUUCACCCUCUAUGUCCUUCUGGGAAAUACCAUCUCAGCCAGCCGUGUGUUUGUGACGGUGUCGCUGUACACUGCUGUGCGACUCACCGUCACACUCUUCUUCCCCAGUGCCAUCGAGAAGCUGUUUGAGUGCCGUGUCAGCAUCCGCAGGAUUCAGGAGUUCCUGAUGCUGGAUGAGAUCACAAAAAGCAGUGCUGCACUGCCCCAGGAUGAGAAGAAGGACGCCUCAGUGGAGAUCCAGGACCUGACCUGCUACUGGGACAAGAGUCUGGAUGCUCCGUCUCUGCAGAACGUCUCCCUCACUCUGAACUCAAAUCAGCUGUUGGCUGUAAUUGGACCAGUGGGAGCUGGAAAGUCCUCACUGUUGAGCUCCAUCCUGAGAGAGCUGCCUUAUGAAAAGGGGGUGCUGAAGGCCAAAGGUCAGCUGACCUAUGCUGCCCAGCAGCCCUGGGUGUUCCCUGGAACCAUCCGCAGUAACAUCUUGUUUGGGAAAGAGCUCAACCCGCAGAAGUAUGAGAGAGUCAUCAGAGCCUGCGCUCUAAAGAGGGACCUGGAGCUGCUCCCAGAUGGAGACCUGACACUGAUCGGGGACAGAGGAGCCACACUCAGCGGGGGACAGAAGGCUCGCGUCAACCUGGCGAGGGCUGUGUAUCAGGAUGCAGACAUCUACCUCCUGGAUGAUCCUUUAAGUGCUGUGGAUGCUGAGGUUGGGAGACACCUCUUUGAACAGUGUAUCUGUGGCCUGCUGAAGAACAAGCCUCGUAUCCUGGUCACGCACCAGCUGCAGUACCUGAAGGCAGCCGACCAGAUUGUUGUCCUCAAGGAGGGUCACAUGGUGGCAAAGGGGACGUAUACAGAGCUGCAGCAGUAUGGAGUGGACUUCACCUCCCUGCUGAAGAAGGAGGAGGAGGAUGAGCAACAACAGCCUCCUCAAGACAUCCACACCAGGGACAGAACUCUGUCCCAGAACUCUGUGCUCUCACAGACUUCCUCUGUUCACUCGGUCAAAGAUGGAGACCAGUUACCGACAGAGACGGUGCAGACAGUAGCAGAGGAGAGUCGCGCUCAGGGAACCAUCGGUGUGAGUCUGUAUAUCAAAUACCUGAGAGCUGGAGGCAACAUCAUGAUUCUGCUAGCUGUCAUACUGGUUAACGUUCUGGCUCAGGUAGCAUACAUCAUGCAGGACUGGUGGCUGGCUUACUGGGCUGACGAGCAAGAGAAGCUGAAUGCUAACAGCACCAUCAUCCAAAACGGACAAAACAUCACCGCAGAGCUGAAUACAAACUUUUACCUGGGUGUUUAUGGAGGUUUGACUGUAGCCACCAUCAUUUUUGGUUUCAUCAGGAAUUUGGUCCUGUUCAACGUGCUGGUGAGGGCUGCACAGUCUCUGCACAACCGCAUGUUCAACGCCAUACUCAGAACACCAGUGCACUUCUUUGACAUCAACCCUAUUGGAAGAGUCUUAAACAGGUUUUCAAAGGACAUUGGCCAGCUGGAUUCUAACAUGCCGUGGACUUUUGUGGACUUCAUUCAGGUGUUCCUGCAGAUUCUCAGUGUGAUCGCUGUGUCAGUGUCGGUGAUCCCCUGGAUCCUCAUCCCUGUGCUCCCCCUCCUCCUCUUCUUCCUCUACCUGCGUCGCUACUUCCUGCAGACCUCCAGAGACAUCAAACGCCUCGAGUCCACCACUCGGAGUCCAGUCUUCUCCCACCUGUCGUCGUCUCUUCAGGGCCUGUGGACGAUCCGGGCCUUUGGAGCAGAGGAGAGGUUCCAGAAAGCCUUCGAUGCCCAUCAGGACCUGCACUCAGAGGCCUGGUUCCUGUUCCUGACCACCUCUCGCUGGUUCGCUGUCCGCCUCGACGGCAUCUGCUCCAUCUUUGUUACUGUCACCACCUUUGGCUGCCUGCUGCUCAGAGACCAGCUGGACGCUGGCUCUGUUGGUUUGGCUCUGACCUACUCUGUCACACUGAUGGGCAUGUUCCAGUGGGGUGUUAGGCAGAGUGCAGAGGUGGAGAACAUGAUGACGUCAGUGGAGAGAGUGGUGGAGUACACUAAACUGGAGAGUGAAGCACCCUGGGAAACCCAUAAGCGUCCUCCUCCCGAUUGGCCCAGCAAAGGCCUGGUGACGUUCGACCGGGUCAGCUUCUCCUACAGCGACAACGGACCGCGGGUGCUGCAGAACCUGAAAGCAAUGUUCCGACCCAAAGAGAAGGUUGGCAUUGUGGGUAGGACGGGCGCUGGGAAAAGCUCUCUGGUCUCAGCUCUCUUCCGCCUGGCGGAGCCUCAGGGAAAUAUCUACAUCGAUGGUGUUUUGACCUCAGAGAUCGGCCUCCAUGAUCUGCGCCAGAAGAUGUCCAUCAUUCCUCAGGACCCAGUGCUGUUUACAGGCUCCAUGAGGAAGAACCUGGACCCUUUUAAUCAACACACAGAUGAAGAACUGUGGAAAUCUCUGCAAGAGGUGCAGCUCAAGUCUGUGGUGGAGGAGCUGCCUGGUAAGUUGGAGACAGUUCUGGCUGAGUCGGGCUCCAACUUCAGCGUGGGCCAGAGACAGCUGGUGUGUCUGGCCAGAGCCAUCCUGAGGAAGAACCGCAUCCUCAUCAUCGAUGAGGCCACGGCCAACGUGGACCCCAGGACAGAUGAACUGAUCCAGAAAACCAUACGGGACAAGUUCAGAGAAUGCACUGUGCUGACCAUCGCUCAUCGUCUCAACACCAUCAUAGACAGCGACCGCAUACUGGUUCUAGAUGCAGGGAAAAUCCAUGCCUACGAUGAGCCUUACACCCUGCUUCAAGAGCCAGAUGGCAUCUUUUAUAAAAUGGUUCAGCAGACUGGGAAGCAGGAGGCAGCAGCUCUGUUAGAGGCAGCUAAACAGGCUUACGACAGUAGGAGCCGUCCCAACAUAUCAAAUGGACAUGCAGACGGUAACUUGGUAAUCUUUGAGACAGCUCUGUGAGCUCUAACUCACUGCUUUGACAGAAGACUUCAGAAAGUGCCUGGGCUCAUGCUGCGCCCCUCCAGCCUCUGGUGACAGCACACAGGGCCUGGAUAGAAAGGCCUCAUCCGCUCCAGCUGCUGAAGAGACAGCUGCUGCAGACAGGAUGUCCGGCCUCAGUAUGGCCUUGUACCAAAUAUACGCACACUAGGCUGCUGUUUGCUUCAAGCUGAGAGAGCUUGGAAAUCACUGCUGUAAAAGCUGUUGACAGCGAUCACUAUUUAUUGUAUGUUAACCAAUUGCUGCUGAGUAUACUGAUGCCUUGGAGAAAUUGCUUUUUAAUGGCUGUAUAAUCCUUAGAAGUGCCUUAUUUCAGGUUUGCACGUGUUAAUUUAACCAAUCGUAGAUAUAGCUCGAUCAAGUUGCUUCUGUUAGAUUUGAUAAUCAAUAAGCCUGUACAACCUGUAUUUACAAACAAAGUACGCAGGAGUGUCUGCGCGCUCAGUAUGUCUUUGCACAUUGUGUUGAAAUUUACUAAUCUACAACCUUGUUGAUCCAGCCUUUAGAAAGAUUUCCUUUAUGUACUGUUCCUAUUCACUCCCAUGAUGUUAAAGUUUACAGGGAGGAAGAUCAGGUGGCAGCCUGAACACAGCUGACAUGGAGUGUGAUAAAUUAUUUGACACUGUUGUUUUAAUUGCCAAUUUGUUAUGUCAAAUGCUGCAUAAACACCUCCAACCUUA